AUGCCUACCACACCACUCCCACUCCGAACACCAGAAAUGGGAGAAAAGAGAAGGCUUUUUUCUUCGAGUCUUUCUCGAAUUACCACUCAAUUUGAAAGUACAUUAUCACCAUCAGAUGCUCCGUUCACAAUGAAUACCACGGAUACAACUCGAGAAAUGUACAAGAAGAGUUUAUUGAACAGUAGCAUGAGUAAUGAUCACAGCCGGCCCGGAAACCUCAAUAUAAGUGGCUCACCAAAAAGAAAAUUCUCCAUAUCGUCGGAUAAAAACGACAAAUCAUCAUCUCCAAAACACACCCAUGCGCUCGGUAUUACUACUCAUACUUCUCCUUCACGACCUUUUCAAAAGACUCCCUUUGAGCGAUUCAUGUUACUGAAUGGAAAUGAGGACUCUUCAGGGUCGGACACUAGCUCUGUUGGAUCCAUUUCUUCACCGGUAACAACACCCAGAGCGUGUGCUUUUGAUUCCAUGAUGACUCCUUUGAGGAUAUGUACGAAAGAGAAUGCAAAAACCACUAUUUUUACACAGUUCAAUAAUGAAUGUAUUCAAAUCUCAAACAAAGGACCUUUAUUGAAAAUGAAGUUUGCUCAAUUCAAGGAUGAAAGUCACCAACAGAAUAUUGUUCUUUCCGAUGUAAAGAAAGAAAUUCCUUCGUUCUUGCAUGAUUCAUAUAAUUGUAUGGAUUUUUUGUGA